AGAGAGAGAACACGUAAACGAAUGUGAUCCGUGUAUGUAAAGUUGCAAAUGGAAGGGUACAGGGGAGAACACGAUUUCCUUCACUUCCCAACCAUUUAACGACGUCGUUUUCCGAUUCUUCUCAAACACGUUCCAACCAUUUCUGUUCUCAUUCUUUGGUCUUCUUCUCAGUCGAUUCUCUCUUAUUUCUCUCUCUAAAAUGUCGAACGAAGCUUCAUCCUCUGUAUUGAACCUAGAAGGCCUCGAAGAUGUGGAAGAAUUCGUCCGGGCAAAUGAAGGAGAAUCAUCCAUGUCUUGGGAAAGAUUCAGUCAGGUUUUUGAUCUGGUGCAGGAUGGGAACAAGGCAUUCAGAGACAAUCAUUUCGAUGAGGCAAUCAAUUUUUACACAAGAGCCCAUAACUGUAAACCAGGUGAUUCUGUUAUUCUCAGCAAUCGCUGUGCUGCUUAUCUCAGGAUUAGCCAUUUUCUGAAACACAGACCUCCAUCAGCUUCUGAAUAUGGACCUUUGAAUGGGCUGGAUCCUACAACAUAUGCUGCACUUGCGUUAAAGGAUGCAGAGAAGUUGUUGACCUUUCGAAGUAAUUCAAUAAAGUCAUAUGUUUUGAAGGCCAAUGCACUCAUUCUGCUAGAAAAAUAUGAGCUGGCCAAGGAUGUUAUCCUUUCAGGCCUUCAAAUUGAUACUUCAAGCAAUCUUCUUCGGGCUUUUCUUAAAAAAUUGGAGAAAUCAAUGGUCAGUAUAACCAGAAAAGGAAGCCAUGGUCGACCAGAGCGCGAUGAUGACUUUGAUUGCACUCUUUGCUUGAAGCUACUAUAUGAACCUAUUACAACUCCUUGUGGCCAUUCUUUUUGCCGUUCAUGCCUAUUUCAAUCAAUGGACCGGGGUAAUAGAUGUCCGCUGUGCCGAACUGUUCUAUUUAUUAGUCCUAGAACAUGUGCAGUCAGUGUGACACUGAACAACAUAAUACAGAAGAUUUUUCCUGAAGAAUACGCUGAAAGGAAGUCGGAGCAUGACAGUUCGAUGAACUUUGGUGUUGAUUGGAUGCCUCUUUUUGUCAUGGAUGUUGUCCUCCCAUGUCAGAAGCUUCAACUCAACAUAUUUGAACCCCGGUACAGACUCAUGGUCAGAAGGAUAAUGGAAGGAAAUCGUCGAAUGGGAAUGGUUAUCAUUGAUUCUACAACAGGUUCCAUAGCUGAUUUUGCUUGUGAAGUGGAGAUUACUGAGUGUGAGCCAUUACCUGAUGGACGUUUCUUUCUUGAGGUUGAAGGUCGUAGGAGAUUUCACAUCCUUCGAACUAGGGAUCAAGAUGGGUAUCGGGUUGCUGAGGUUGAAUGGUUACAUGAUAUAUAUCCUCCGGAAGGGACAACAGAGAGAGCAGAUUUACAGGAAAUGACGAAUAACGUGGCACAACAUGCUCUGUCAUGGAUGAGGAGUGCACAAGAUGCAGCACAACAAGAUCGAAGAAGACUUUUGGAACUCUGUAAUGCGGAAGUGAUGAUGCCCACAACACAGGAUCCUGAGCGCUUCAGUUUUUGGCUUGGUACUUUAACAAAUCGGAGGCCAAUAGAAAGAUUGGAUCUCCUUCGAAUUAGAGACACAAAAGAGCGGUUAAGGCUUGGACUCAUUUACAUGAAAACGGAAGAACGAGGUUGUCAACUGCAGUAAAAACAAAAUGUAACAGGUUUUUGUACUUCACUAUUUGAUUACACAUUAUGGGUUAUAUUCUUACAGGCUGUUCAGUAUUAUUUGAUCCACUCUAUAAGAGAGGUAGGAGAUCCCAUUUACUGUAACAUGGGAUUGAAUGCAAAUUGAAUACAGAUGUAACAAAUGCAUUAGUAUUUUCUUA